AUGGGAGAAGAAGAAAAGAUUGCAGGAAUUCUAGAAUCCAAAAAUCUUGAAACUAUGAAAUUUGAAGAUUUGGUUGGUUCGUUGGAGGCACCUGAGAUGAGGAUUGUCGAAAGGAAAGGUGUUCAAGAUUUGAUACAAGCUCCACAGGCUCAGACAUGGAAGAAACAUGGUGGUUCCAACAAGUUCAAUGGCAAAGGAGACAAGAAUCAAAACAAGAAGUCUUGGCCGAACCCUCAAAAGCAUAAGGUCGAUGAUAGGGCUUCUGAAUUCUCGAAAAGAGGAGAAGGAAACUCCUAUCAGAAAGACAAAGAAGAGAAAAAAAAGGUGUGCGUUGCUAUAAAUGUGAAAAACGGGGUCACUUGGCCAAGAAUUGUUGUUGCAGAUGACCAUGUCGACUCUAAAAUUUGGUUCCUCGACACAUGCUGCUCGAAUCACAUGACUGGUAGGAAAGUGUGGUUGGAAGAUUUUGAUGAUUUGAAGAAGAACAAUGUUAAACUUGCUGAUAAUAGCUCGUUGCAAGCAGAAGGUACUGGUGACAUAUAUAUUCAAAGGAGAAAUGGAGCAAAAGAUGUGAUCAAAGAUGUACUUUAUGUACCUGUUGUCGCGGUGAAGAAUCAGAGACCAAGCUAUUGA